AGUACCUUGGUACUGGCUGGAUGCUACUACUAACUUACUGCCGCCGUUGUCGUCGUCCCGCUGGACCUCACCUCCCGCAACAAACGACCCUCGUUUCCACCGUCCGACCGACUACCUAGACGCAACGCGCCAGCAACGCAACCAUUGCAUUGCCAGCGACGCACCGGGCGGCCACCACGCGCACCGAUGAGGCUCCUCUAGUCACCGCUACCUCCCGCACGCGAAUCCAGACAUGUCGUCGACGGCCGCCACGGAGCCGAGCCAGGCAGCGUCCAGUCCAGGUGCUCACGCAGGCGCAGCGCCCAAGAAGAAGGCCAACAAGAAGAAGAAGGGCGCCAACAGGACAAAGGACACCCUGCAGACCGGCAACGGCGACGCCCGCGGCGCUAUCGACGGCGAGGAACCCCCCAACAACGUCGACGGCGGCGGUGACGAUGAGCCGGAGUCGCCAACGCAGCCUGUCAGUGUCAUCAUUUGCAGCCUUGCCGCUUCCCGCAGCCCAGCACCCCCCCUGUCCAUGACCUGUCGCUGACCGAUGUUCCUGCAGGACGGCCCCACGACGGACGCGACCACCACCACCACCACCACCAUGAAGCCCGCACCCACUGGCAACGGCCACGUUGUUCAACCGCCCGACGACGGCGCCGACUCAGACCCCACGGCCAAGCUCGAUGCCAUGGGCAAGGAACGCGAGGCCCUGCGCGCAGAGGUCGAGCAGCUCCGCAAGCAGCUCGAGGGCAUCCAGGAGACCCACGAGCAGGAGACGUCGCAGCUGCGGGCCGACCUCGAGGAGAGUAACAGCGCCAAGGAGCACGCCGAGGAGCAGUAUCAGAACCUGCUUGGCCGCGUCGAGAAGAUCAAGGAGUCCCUGAGCGACAGGCUCAAGCGCGAUAAGGCGGAGCUCGAGGAGGCGAGGGAGCGCAUCGAGGAGCUCGAGGCUCAAAAUGAGCAGCUCCAGUCGACGGGCGAGGAGUUCGCGAGGCUCAAGGACGAGCUGCAGGACGCGACGCGCGAACUGACCACGCUGCGCAGCCGCAACAACCUCUCAGCGCACAACUGGCACAAGGAGAAGGAGGAGCUGACGCGGACGGUGCAGCACCUCAAGGACGAGGUUGAGCAGACGUCCAAUGCCAUGGGCGAGUGGGAGGUGCUCGCCAUGGAGGAGCGGUCCAUCAAGGAGAGCCUAGCGGAUAAGGUCUCAGAGCUCGAGGAGCAGGUCGCCACGCUACGGCAAGGCUACGAGAGCGCCGCCGCCGAGCGCCAGAGCCAGGCGACGCUCGUGGACAACCUACAAAACGCCCUCCGCGAAAUCCAGGAGGCUCGCAAGAAAGAGCUGCGCGAGAUGGUCGAGACGACCGAGGCGCAGCUCCAGGCGCAGAAGAGCCUCGUGCAAGAGGCCGAAUCCCGUAGGGCCGAGGCCGAGGGGGUCAAGGAGGAGCUUUCCAAGGAGCUGGAGCGCACGGCGCCGUUCGAGAAGGAGGUCAAGGAGAAGAACCUCUUGAUAGGCAAGCUGAGACACGAGGCCAUUGUGCUCAACGACCACUUGACCAAGGCACUGCGCUACCUCAAGAAGACGAAACCAGAAGACAACGUCGACAGGCAAGUCAUCACGAACCACCUCCUCCACUUCCUCACCCUCGAUCGCGGCGACGCCAAGCGCUUCCAGGUCCUGCAGGUCAUGGCCGGCUACCUCAACUGGACCGACGAGCAGCGCGAGCAGGCUGGGCUCGCGCGUCCCGGCGGCUCGGGCGGCAGCCUGCGCCUGCCCAUGUCGCCCUUCCACCGCACGCCGAGCUCGCCGUCCCUCAGCGCCGACCUCUUCUCGGAGCCCACGUCGGCCAAGGACAGGGAGUCGCUGGCGGAGCUGUGGGCCGGGUUCCUCGAACGCAGCGCGCAGGAGGGCGCCGGCGAACCGCCCGUCCCGCCGUCGCGCAAGGACAGCACGAGUAGUGCGGCGACGGGCACGGGUACAGGGCGGUCCGACUCGCGGCCGUGAAGAAAGGCGGCCCCGGGGGCGUGGGAGGGGGGUGCUUGGCUAGGCGUAUCUGCAUUGUGUACGGCGCAAGAUUCUGCGUGUUUACGACGGGGGAACAUGUCGCGUGGCCUCAUGGCGAAUGAUCAGAGUAAUGAAUAGACGCCUCGGAAGGGACAUGCCGUCCAUGUGAACACUGUUUAUGCAGGGACCACUGCACGCAAUCACUUUGGAUAUAUCGAUGGUUCAGGGACCAAACCAGGUCUCGCUCAAAGGAUGCUUUAAAUUCCAGUAGUCUAUGUCUAUGUGCGCCUUUGUCCUUGGUUUCAA